UCCUAAAUGUGCUAAAGAUUCAAGAAAGGGAAAAAUGGCGGCGAAGUUUUGUGUAAUGCUUUGAGAAUGACUGGAAGUGCAGAACAAAAACAUUGCUUUUCCGCAACUUUCUCCGCCAACCCACCACCACACACACAGUCAAAGUGUCCAUGAAAUGAACCAACGAAGUUCUCAAAGCCCAAAGCUAAAUACCUUUCUACAACCUCUUCUCAAUCCUCAAGCCCCAGUUCUAGCUUCUACGUAUGCACCCAUUUUCCAGUUCUUGACUGGCAAAAACCUCCUCAAGCAAGGCCAACAAAUGCAUGCUCACAUGGCCCUUCGCGGCCUCCGCCCUACUGCUUUCCUUGCUGCCAAAAUGGUCGCCAUGUAUGCUAGCUCCGGGGACAUUUCCUCCGCCUCAUACAUUUUCCACGCCACUGCAAGUCCAUCUCCCCUUUUGUUUAAUUCAAUUAUUCGUGCAUUUAGUUUGUAUAAAUUAUCUGAGAAGACAAUACACAUGUACGCGCGUAUGCAUUCUUUAAGUUUGCGCGGGGAUAAUUUUACUUAUCCGUUUGUUUUGAAGUCUGUUACGGACCUAUAUUAUGUUCAGUUCGGGAAAUGCAUUCAUGGAUCGAGUUUAAAAGAUGGGUUGGAGUUUGAUAUAUAUGUAGGGACUUCACUGAUUGAUAUGUAUGUGAAAUGUGGUGAAUUAGGAGAUGCGCAUAAAUUGUUUGAUGUAAUGCCUCUUAGGGAUGUGUCAUCUUGGAACACAUUGAUUUCAGGGUAUAUGAGAGAUGGGGUUGUUGAUUUGGCUAAAGAAUUGUUUGAGAAUAUGCCUAAAAAGAAUAUUGUGUCGUGGACUAGUAUGAUUUCAGGGUACACACAGAAUGGGUUGGUAGACGAGGCAUUGAGAUUGUUUGAUGAGAUGUUGAGUGAGGACUCAGAGGUGAAGCCUAAUUGGGUGACAGUUAUGAGUGUUUUGCCUGCAUGUGCGCACUCGGCUGCACUUGAUCGAGGGAGGAAGAUUCAUGCUUUUGCUAGGGAGAAGAGUUUGGACUCUCAUCCUUCAGUGCAAACGGCGCUUAUGGGUAUGUAUGCAAAAUGUGGCAGUUUGGCUGAUGCAAGUUGGUGCUUUAAUAGAAUAAAAUUGAAUGACAGGAAUUUGGUUGCUUGGAAUACAAUGAUAUCUGCUUAUUCUUCUCAUGGGCAUGGUUUGGAGGCAGUUUCGACAUUUGAGGAUAUGAUAAGAGCUGGGCUUAGGCCUGAUGGCAUUACAUUUACUGGAUUGUUAUCAGGAUGUAGUCAUUCUGGUCUUGUGGAUGUGGGGUUAAAAUAUUUUGACUCUAUGAGUACAAUGUACUUUGUGGAACCAAAACAUGAACAUUAUGCUUGUGUCAUAGAUCUUUUGGGCCGUACUGGGCAAUUAGUGAAAGCCUAUAACCUCAUUUCUCGGAUGCCAAUGCUAGCAGGUGCAAGCAUCUGGGGCUCCUUACUGGCUGCAAGUAGAAGUCAUCGCAAUCUGGAGAUAGCUGAGUUAGCUGCUAAAAAGUUGUUUGUUUUAGAACCAGAUAACAGUGGAAACUAUGUUGUUCUCUCAAAUAUGUAUGCUGAAGCUAAUAUGUGGGAAGAAGUUAAUCAUUUAAGGGCUCUUUUGAAAUCACAGGGCGUAAAGAAAAAUCCUGGUUGCAGUUGGAUUGAGAUCAAUGGGAAAGCUCAUUUGUUUCUUGGAGGAGAUACAUCCCAUCCACAAUACAAGGAAAUUUACAAGCUAUUGGAAGAACUGCCUGAGAAGAUUAAGGCGGCUGGUUAUGUACCAGAUACUAGCUUUGCAUUGCAUGAUAUCAGUGAAGAGGAGAAAGUGUAUACCCUUACAACACACAGCGAGAAAUUGGCGAUUGCCUUUGGGCUUCUCAAUACAAGCCCUGCCACAGUUCUCCGAAUUACCAAGAAUCUUAGAAUUUGUGGAGAUUGUCACACAGCAAUCAAAUUCAUUUCAAAAAUAUAUGGACGAGAGAUAAUUGUGAGGGAUGUGAAUCGUUUUCAUCAUUUUAAAGAUGGAUUAUGCUCUUGUGGAGACUACUGGUAAUCUAUGGGUUAUACCCCCUUGUGCACCAGUAUUUCAGGUACUAUUCACAGCUGUUCAAAGUUACUGGGCUUGUACCCAAUGCUUGAUAUUUGCUAACUUGUAGCAAUUGAUGACCAUCGAUCUUGGUAUUUCACGUAGAGAUUGUAAACCAACCCAAUUCUGUGGCCGUAAGGGAAGAAUUUAUUCCAGCCCUAAUCUAACAAGGAAUAAAGGACAUUAGUAGGUAGUGUGUUCAACUGCUAAUUCAGGGAUGUUACAUGAUUGCUGGAUCGGAUACUGAAACAACUCAGGUUUAAUAUUUAAUCUAGAUUGCCUGGAUCUGAAAUGAGACUGGACAUACUAGUUUUACCAUGGGAACUUCUCAGCGGAAGAAAUGCGAACCUUGUGCCUUUGCAAAACCAAAGGAUGGCGAAAUUUCUUCCCUUCAAAUCCAGUGGAUGGGUACUCGGCUUUGCCUUCACAACAGUAUUGAGCGUGGUACAAAUUUUUUCCUUGGAUGGCAAAGCACAUUCAAUCGUUUCGUGUUUAUAUUAUUUUUGGUAACUAAGGUAGCAGUUGGUUUCCAUUUUCAUUUUCAAAACGAUU